CUUACCUGUGAUAAUGGAGUACAGCAGGUACUGUCUGUCCCCGCUGUUCUUGGUGUUCGGUGUGAUAUCUCUGUGGUUUGUGUGUCUCGGUCUGACCAUAGGCCUGGGACAUAAGACCAGCGCCGUGUUCAUCAGUGACACCGGGACGGAACAUCCUGAACGGGGAAUCUUCACCAUGACCUUAAACAUCGGCGCUUCCGGGAUCGCCGUGUUACAGAUUCUACACUAUCGUUACGUCGCCCAACAUGGCGGACCGACCAGACUGAACAGGGCUACCCUGAUAAUCGGACUGCUAGCGGCGCUGGGACUGAGCAUGGUCGGCGCCUUUCAGACGGAGAACCUUGUGGUACACUCUAUUGGAGCAGCAAUGGCCUUCCUUCUAGGUACGGCAUACACGUGGCUACAGACCGUCCUGUCGUACAAACUACGAGGCACUGGCACAACCACGGGUACAUUUGGUCUGAGGUUGUUCUUAGCGAUACUAGUGACGGGCACCUUGGUGCCGUUUGCGGUAACGUUCUUUCUGGUCUUCUCUCCAGAGCGAGUAGCGUCUGCCAUCUUACAAUGGAUUCUGGGAAUUUCACUGCUGAUAUACAUGGCUACGCUAGCGUGGGAGCUGAGAAAAGUCUCAACCGUCGUCAUUUUCCUGGACAUGAAAGUGUUCACUGACUUACAGAAAACGGCAAGGUUUAGACCGACUGAAAUGGCACCUCGAAACAUCUCUACCGCGUCCGUUGACAGUUAGUAUCUGUGAUAAAACGUUAAACAGUAUCUAACUCAAUUUAAUGCUCUGCAAACGGACAGUGUCAAAGCUCAAGAGACACAAAGAGAAACAAUCCCUGUUACAGAGAAUCAACUAUACCGUUUACGGUACUC